CAGCUGCCGGAUUUUGUUGGCUUUUGAAGAUACCCGAUAUAUGAUGCAGUUGUGCCCCAUUACCCAAUUCCCGUCUCUCUUCUGCGCCUCCAUCUCUUUAUUUGGGUCUCCAACCGUGCUCGGUAUUACUUGAUAACCCGCCUCAUGACCCGGCCGGCAAUUGAUGCUCAUGAUAGUAUGACACCGUGAGUUGCGGCUGGUUGCGUGGCGUAAAGCCAAGCCCAGGUGUUGUACAUUGUCCCUCAAUCCACCUCGCCCUCUCCCGCCUUCCCCCGCCUUCCCUCUUCCAACAGCCAAGAUGGAUGCAAUUAAGCUUUUCCUGCUGGUUAUGUCCUGCAUAUUGCCCUCAGUAUUGGCAUUGCAAGUAACGCCAAAUUCCCAAUGUGCCGAAAUAUGCCUCGAUGCUCCUACUCAAGACGCUUCCAAUCCAGUUGUACCAAACAUUUCUGGGUCCGAGAUCGUCUGUAAAGACAGUGACUACCAGAACAGUACUGUUGGCCAGAAGUUUGAGAGUUGUAUCAAUUGCCUUCAAAACAGUACGACCACUGGUUCGGGACAUAGUGACCAGGCGUGGUUCCUUUACAAUCUGCGCUUUGCUCUCAAUACAUGUAUAUUUGGCACUUCCAACGCCACAGAUCCAAUAUCUACACCUUGCUCUACGGAUACGAGCUGUGGUCCGCUCCAGGGUGCCCUCCUGGAUGGUAUGCAAAAUCCAUCGACAAUACAUGAAUACGGUUACUGCUCGGCCUACGACAACUCUUUCGUAGGAAGCUUCUUGCCAACAUGCACCGCUUGCUUGAGAGACAACAAGAACGAGUUAUAUCUUGCCAAUUUCCUCGUAGCUCUUGAUGCUGGCUGCAUCCAACGAGCACCAGCAGGGAGUCUUAUCGGUCUGAACGGUACGUUAUUUUCGGAGGACCAAGUAGCAAUAACCUUCUCGAUGACCUCGCCAGCUGGGAUGGCUAAACACCACAAAACUCUCUCCUCUGGGGCUAUUAUUGGCAUAGCAGUUGCUUGUGCAGUAGUGGUCAUUGCCAUUAUUGCAAUCAUCUUCAUCCGCGCACGCAUGCUUCUAAACGCGAAGCGUUUGAAGGAACUUCAAAGCCCUCUCGAUUCACGCUUUGGCGCCAUGAACAUCUCCGCCCCUUAUAGCAACGGUUAUGCCUCGCCCGAUUCACCACCACUCGUGAAAGAAGCUAUACCCAUGACUGAAAGCCAAAAGGCCGGAGAAGGUCAUGACCCUCAGAUUCCGUACUCGCCUCCCUCAUCCGGAGGAACCAUCCCCGCACACCAUGCCUACUUGCCUCCUCAAUAUACACCUCGCUCAAGGACUUCUCUUUCCCCUGUCCAUCGCUCCUCAAAAUCCUCAUCACAACCACUACCACCUGCACCCUACCCACAACGCUCUCCUUCCAGCAACGGGUCAACCGCAGUACCCUCAUCCGUAACAUCACCAGUCUCCAUAUUGAGCAGGACGAGCUCAAGGGGCACCGGCCCCUCCUUACCUCCAAGACCCUCCCCCCACCAACCCUCACCCUCACAAUUCUCCCUGGGUCGAGAUCUCACUGCGGGGCGGGAAAACGCGGGCAGCUCACGGCAGAUCUCCGGCCCUAUGACCAAUGUAGGAAGGCGACCUGAGGGUCUAGGCUUGAGUAUCCCUUCGCAGCCGCGGGUCGAAAAGAGGAGCCCCGUGAAGAAUAGCCCCGACUGGAAGCGUCUCAGCGAUUCGGACAGUGAUAAUUUGUGGUAGAACCUUUAUUUCGUUUAUUGGCGGACUAUCCAUCUCUUUUGUCAUGCCUGGCGCAGGGGAGUUUUUUCCCUCUAACAUAGGGAGUUAGGAGUUCAGGGAAGGGAGUGGAAUUGUCUUCUCUCGUCUUUUCAAGGUGUUGUCUCAAAGAAAGUCGCUCCUUUAGAUACCCAUGAUUGAAUAGUGUGGACAGUUGGGAUAUAUGAAUACUGGGAAGGCCGAAAGGUAGAUUUGUGAUUGCAUGCAUACUUGGAAAUUAUGAUUCUUGAUAUAUAUUUAUAUACUUAUUUUAUUAAUCAGGAAAAAUUG